AUGGCGGGACCGACACGUGAACAGCGCAUUUCUGGGAUAAGAGACCCCGGCUACUUAUUAUACUUGGCUGUCAAGUCUUUUGUUCUUGUCUGCUUAGAAACAAUACUUCGCCGAAACCGCCAGAUCACGGAGAUUAAAGACGAGGCGUUCUCGCGCUUUUGGAGGUUGAUCAACCCACCCAAGGACCCCAAUGAGCCGCUCGUGGGGUCUCAAACGCUGAUACCUCCUCUUCUUGCCACCGCUGCAGGCGAUGUGCUCGAGCUGGGUCCAGGGAGUGGAGAACAGAUCCAAUACUUCAAGCCCGCCACUCAAGUGCGCAGAAUAUACGGGGCCGAGCCAGUCCUGCCUUUGCACGAUGACAUCCAAGCCAAUGCCCGUCGUCAUGGACUAGGUGACAGAUACUUUGUCGUGACAGCGGGUGCUGAGAAAGCAACCUUGAUUCCCGGCCUGGCCAAAGCUGGCCUGCUGGAGAAAAAGUCCCCAGGGAGUGGCGUGUUCGACACAGUCGUAUGCGUCCGGGUUCUAUGCAGUGUGCAAGACCUACACGAGACGGCCGGCACGGUCUAUCAGCUGCUCAAGCCAGGUGGCAAGCUCCUGAUAUGUGAGCACACUGUGAACCCCUGGACGACCAGCAAAGGGAGUUACAUCGCGCGAGCUUUUCAAUUCAUUUAUUCGGCUUUGGGUUGGACGUUCUUCGUCGGAAAUUGCCAUAUAACACGAGACAUACGGCGUGCUGUGACCGAAGCCGCUGUUCCAUAUGGCGGAUGGGCUAGGGUCGACCUCACUGAUCAUUUCGGCUGGUCGGUCCUGCCGUAUGUUUCGGGUACCCUGGUGAAGCGCGGUUAA